GCAAUCUGGGGUGCGGGCUUGGCCUCUUGGGCACUGCGGAGGUCAGGCCAAUUCCAGACCCAGAAGCUGUUGGAAGGAGGUGUCACCCUCGCAGAGCUCCUGAUCGGUCACAGAAGUAAGGCCGAUCACGCCUUUUCUCGGUUGUCGUCCACCUUUUUCUGUAGUCAGCUUAUUUACCAGCUCCCGCCCCUCCCUUUCAUCCCCCUCGCGUUCUCUUAUUCCAAUUGUCUGUCCCGGAUGCCGCGCACUGGCCCUUAAUCCUUUUUUUUUUCCUGCGCCUUAUAAACGGUAUACGUCGAGUCGACGACCAUGGACUCUGAAAAGCAUCAGGUGCAAAUGAGCGACGAUAUCAAGCAGCACUCGCUCAGCGCGGAUGGGGAUUCUGGCGAGGACCAGAAGCUCACCAGACGGAUUCUGUUCAAGCUAGACACAAGAAUCCUGCCCAUUCUGGCCUUACUCUUCCUCUUCUCGUUCCUCGACCGGACCAACGUCGGUAACGCAAAAAUCCUCGGCCUCGAAGAAGACCUCAAAAUUACAAAUCAUCAGUACGACAUCGGCUUGACCAUCUACUAUCUCUUCUAUAUCCUGAGCGAGGUUCCAAGCAACCUAAUCAUCAAAAAAGCAUCACCAAAGAUAUGGCUACCAGCACUCACUGCAGUCUGGGGCAUUAUUACCAUGUGUCUGGGUUUUGUGCGUAAUUUCGCGAGCUUCGCUGCGGUUCGCGCUCUGUUGGGAGUUGCAGAGGGCGGGUUGCUCCCUGGAAUGGUGCUGUAUCUUUCGUCCUUUUAUAGAAGAGGUGACUUGGCUCUGAGGAUUGGUCUCUUCUAUACUGCCGCUUCGCUCUCUGGCGCAUUCGGCGGCCUUUUAGCUCGCGGUUUGAACGAAAUUGGUCCCAGAGGCGGACUAGAAGGAUGGCGCUGGAUUAUGAUCAUUGAGGGUUUAUUGACAUUCGUAUGCGCAAUUAUCAGCUACUAUGUCCUCCCAAAUAGCCUUGAAACAACGCCAUUUUUAACCGAAGCGGAACGCAGCUAUGCUCGUGAGCGGAUAAGACUUGAAAACCCCCACAUACAAGAGGCAAUCCCAGCCGAAGCAGAGAGCCUGGCUUGGUCAGAAGUCCGAAGAGGACUUCUAGAGCCCCAAAUGUGGUUAUCGGCAACGGCAUACUUCGCUAUUCUAUCGGGCCUAUAUUCGUUCGGUUUAUUCUUGCCAACCAUCAUUGACGAGAGCGGGUUUGCCAGCGAUGCAAACCAAACCCAACUGUGGACUGUGAUACCGUACGCUGUCGCUGCUGUGUUAACAGUAUUCGUUUCCUUCCUCUCCGACCGCCUGAAACUUCGAGGUGUCGUCAUGCUAUUCUCUCUUCCGCUCGCUAUUGCUGGGUACGGUGCUAUUGCAAACAUUCAAUCCCCACAUGCAAAGUAUGGCAUGACGUUCCUCAUGGCUACAGGGAUGUACGCCAGUGUCCCGUGUAUUCUCGUCUGGAACUCCAACAACUCAGCGGGACACUAUAAACGAGCUACCACAUCAGGAAUGCAGCUUGCUAUUGCGAACGCGGGAGGAUUCGUAGCGACUUUCAUCUACCCCAAUUCAGAUAAGCCACAGUUUCACCGCGGUCAUACGGUCGUCUUGGGCCUGUUGGUCUUUGCUUGGUUUAUGAUCCUAUUCAAUGUUUUGUACUGUGCCAAGAUAAACAGAGACAAGAGGAACGGCAAGUACGACAAGUACGCGGGGUACAACGAUGACCGCGACCCCAAGUUCAUGAUGGUCCUGUGAUAUGAAUAUAUAGCUGGUCUUUGAUACGGCAUGACUAUGUUUUGGAUAUAGGGCUCUCUAGCUCCACUGGCUCGCUCGGAUUGAAAGUACCAUGGUCCAUGACUAAUUUUUUCUCUGGGGGAGGGGGCUUCAAAUGGAGAAUGUAUAAUUCCAUCCACUGAUAAUAACUGGGUAGAUAUACGGGACAAUGAAUUAUGACUGCUACGCGUAGUCUCGAACCACAAGGCUCCAUAAAAACAUUUCUCC